CUCGGGCUCUCGCUUCCUCCGCCCAGCUCGGUUUCAGGCUGCUGCGCUGGUUUGAUGUUUUUUAAACCUGGUUCUCAUUUGCUGGUUUGGCAUCAUCAGGCUUUCAUAUUAUGGGUUAUUUGAGUUCCUCCCCUCUUUAAUUCCUUUAAAGCUGUGAAACAUUAAGCACUUUGUGCUAGUCUCCGCCGCCCGUUUGGUUUCGCUCUCUCGCCUCUGCCAGUCCCGCUCUCAUUGGUUCCGCUGUCGCUGAGGAGGAACGGGGCAGAGGGAACCGGUUCGGCGGCCAGUGUCUCCCCGGCCAGAGCAGCGCCCAAUGCCGCGGGAGGAGUGAGGACACAACGGCUUCCCCUCUCAGUCCGGACUGCAGUCCUAUUGUGUGUUGUUCUUGGAAACGUUUCUUCCCUGAAUGUUGAUGAUGCAGUUUGGUUUAGUGCUGCUAUUUGCCUUCAUUCUUGGGGCUUCCUGUGCUCUCAACGCUUUUGCCCCCCAGCAAGGCUCUUCUGAUCCUUGUUAUGAUGAAGGAGGGCAGCCUAAGCGCUGCAUUCCUGAUUUUGUCAAUGCUGGCUUUGCCAGGGAAGUGCAGGUGUCCAGCACAUGUGGGAGGCCUCCAAACCGAUAUUGCUUCUACAAUGAGAAGAUGGGUGUGAAAACUAAGAUGUGUCAAAUCUGUGAUGCUUCAGAUCCCAAGAAUGCUCACCCUGCCACUUAUCUGACCGAUUUAAACAAUGCUCACAACCUCAGCUGUUGGCAGUCGGAAGAGUUUUCCAAUCCCAUGCACAAUGUUACACUCACACUCUCUCUGAAUAAGAAAUUUGAAAUUACUUAUGUCAGUUUACAGUUUUGCUCUCCUCGGCCAGAGUCUAUGGGGAUAUUGAAAUCGAUGGACUAUGGGAAGAACUGGGUUCCCUUUCAAUAUUAUUCCUCACAGUGCCGCAAAAUGUACAAUAAGCCAAACAAAGCAAUUAUUUCCAAGCAGAAUGAGCAAGAAGCUCUGUGUACAGAUGGAUACACCGACCUCUACCCUUUGACAGGGGGCUUGAUUGCAUUUAGUACCCUGGAUGGACGACCUUCUGCCCAAGACUUUGACAGCAGUCCAGUCCUGCAGGAUUGGGUGACAGCCACAGAUAUUCGGGUUGUGUUCAGCAGAGCUCACCUCCAGCGGGAGCUGGACAGACAUUACAGUGGUAGAGACGGGAAGGAGGAUGAGGCGAGUAUGGUGAGAGAGUCCUACCAUUACGCAGUGGCUGACCUGCAGGUCGGUGGCCGCUGCAAAUGUAAUGGGCAUGCUUCACGCUGUGUCAAAGACAAAGAGGGAAAUCUGAUCUGUGACUGUAAACACAACACCGCUGGCCCAGAGUGCGACAGGUGCAAACCCUUUCACUAUGACCGACCAUGGCAAAGAGCAACUCUUCGAGAAGCGAAUGAGUGCUUGGCUUGUAGCUGCAACCUACAUGCCCGAAGGUGCCGAUUCAACAUGGAACUAUACAAACUCUCUGGACGAAAGAGUGGAGGCGUUUGCUUAAAUUGUCGGCACAACACUGCAGGUCGACAUUGCCACUACUGCAAGGAAGGAUUUUAUCGAGACCUCACCAAAGUCAUUACUCACCGAAAGGCAUGCAGAGCUUGUGACUGUCAUCCUGUUGGUGCAGCUGGUAAAACCUGCAAUCAGACAACAGGACAGUGUCCAUGCAAGGAUGGUGUGACUGGCAUCACAUGCAACCGUUGUGCUAAGGGUUACCAACAGAGCCGAUCUCCAGUUGCGCCUUGUAUCAAGAUCCCAACUGUGUCUCCACGCUGGGUGGCAAGCAGCACAGAGGAGCCUGCAGACUGUGAAUCCUACUGCAAACCUGUGAAAGGAAACCUAAAGAUCAACAUGAAAAAGUACUGCAAGAAAGACUAUGCGGUUCAGGUUAAUGUUCUAGAUAUGGAGACAGUAAAUGAAUGGGCAAAGUUCACCGUGAAUAUUGUGUCAGUUUUUCGAAGCAGAGAUGAGAAGAUUAAACGGGCAGACCAGUUCCUAUGGAUUAAUAUGAAAGACUUGGCAUGCAAGUGCCCAAAGAUCCAAAUGACCAAAAAGUACCUAGUGAUGGGAAACACUGACAGCGUGGCUGAGAGGCUUGGAGGCCUAGUGGCUGAUAAGAACAGCCUUGUCAUUCAGUGGCGGGAUGUGUGGACAAGACGACUGCGGAAAUUCCAACGUAAAGAGAAAAAAGGGAAAUGUGGGAAAGCCUGAUUGACUCAUUCAGAAAAAAAACUCUGUGAGAAGCAUCAUGGGCCACAAUGUAAAUACACUUUGGUUCAAAAUAUUUCCCUUUCAGAACAGGCUGAAGGGCAUUAGACUGUGAGGAAGGGACUAGAGGCUGGAAACUACAUGAUACUCAGCACAACACAUUAAAAAGUUGUUGGCUGAAUGUGCUUUUAAAAUUGCUCAAUCCUUUUCUAAAUGUGGUCAUGAUUCCUUUCACUGGGGUGAAGGUCAGACUGCAAUAGUAGCUUUGUUGUCUGAUUGCAGAGCCCACAUAGUAUCUGACAAAGGCACAUACUCCCCGUGUCCUACCCAUUGGUUGGCUGGCUAUUCCUAUUGAAGUCCACCCAACCUCUUUUAUUUUUCGCCUGUUAUGACUAACAUAUGAGACAAAAUGUGGUGGUCUAUGUAAACCUGACAGCUGUGCUGAACGCAGAGUGUAAAUAUGGACAGGUUCCAGGAGUUUUAUAACAGACAAAGCAUUUGGCAUGCAGCAAGUUAUCUGUUAACGUUGUGUAUUUUGAACUGUGAUUUGAAAAUAUCCAAUUUCAAUUAGAUUUUACAAAGCAAGUUAACAUUGUAAACCCUUUUUGUCUGACACGCAACCUUCAGCUGAAUGAAAUAUUUCCUUUUCAGUAUUUCCUUGAUCACCUUGCCAGACAAUCUGUAAUAACAGUAUUGCAAUAUACUCUAUCUUCCAAUAUACUCACCCCAACAUCCCAUUUGCAAUGCCCUCUGAUAUACCCUGUUCACCCUCCGAUAUAUACCCUCUCUGCCUUCCAAAAAUACCCUCUUCACUCUCUAAUAUACCUUCUUCACCCUCCAAUGCAUUCUACUCUCCAAUAUACUGUAAUUCCUGUAUACUCUCCAUGCUCUCCAAUGCACCAUACCCUCUGACAUACUCUCCUCUGUCCCCUUUAAUACUGUACCUCCUGCUAUUCUGCAGCUGCCAAUAUACCAUUACUCUCUGAGAUACCCUCUCAUCCUCCAAUAUACUGCAUCUAUUGAUUUGCCCUCCUCUCUCUUUGAUGCAUUGCACCCACUGAUACUCAGCACCUCCAAUGUUCUGCUCCUUCUGAUACACCACAUCUUCUGUUACAACCCACCAUGUGAGAUAUGGCACCCACUGAUAAAGGAGUCAGUGUUGUCUCAGUAAUAGCACUACCACCUCAGUGAAAAAUUGUUGGUUCCACUCCACAUCAGAGACUUGAGCACAUAAUUUCAUCUAGCACAUUAGUACCAAGGUCCCUCUGCCCUUCAGAUGGAUGUAAAUAAUCCCAUUACACUACUUGCAGAAGAACUGAUGUGUUGGCCAACGUUUGUUGUUUACCUGGCAUUACUAAAACUGAUUGUCAGAUUAUCGUUUAAUUGAUGUUUGUGAGAGUUUUGGUGAGUAAAUUGAUUGCCAUCUUUUCCUGUUUAUAUUUUUACAACUGGAACAGCAUUUUAAAAAACAAAAAUUCUGCUAGACGCUUUGAGAUAUUCUGGAGUGCUGAAGUGUGUAACAAAAUUGCAUGUUUUUCCGUACUCCAUCAUCCAUUAUCCUAAAUCCUACAAUUUUACAUUGUUCUAAAUAUCACAUCCUCAAAUACCCACAUUCCUCAAUGCACCAUGCUCCAAUAUACCAUUUCCCAAUCCUUCAAUAUGCAAUAUACUACAAUCAUCCAAUUUAUCAGUAAUGCUGCCACUAAUCCCACUCACACCCCAUUCAUCAAGAACAACAGCUAUAGAAUGUGUAAUCUCCACAAUGUAGAGCUAUGAAAUGUGACGAGGAUAAGCUUCAAAAGAACUUGAAUAGGCUGGUGGAAUGAGUGAGAUGAUGGAAAUCUAAUGAGGAGAAAUAUGUAGUUAUUCAUGAAUGAUAGAGAGGUAAUAUAAAAUAAAGGACAUUCUGAAGGAGGUUCAGGAGUAGAGGGAUCUGGGGGAUUAUGUGUACAAAUCACUUCCGAUUACAGGGCACAUUGAGAAAGUUUUUAAUAAAUGUUGUGGAUCAUGGGUUUUAUAAAUAAGUGCAUGGAAUACAAAAGCAAGGAAAUCAACCUAUGCAUUGUGUUCAGUGGUGGGUGCCACACGUUAAGGAUGUAAUACCAUUGGAUAGAAUGCAGAAAAGAUUAACAGGAAUAGUUCCAGGGAUGAGGACUUUCAGUUUCAUGAAGAGAUUGAAGGUGCUGAGAUUGCUUUCUUUGAAGAAGAAACGACUAAGAGGAAAUGUUAUUGACAUAUUCUAAAGGAUGAGGACAGCGUAGACAGGGAGAGGCUGGUUCCAUCGCUGGAAAGAUCAAAAACUAGAAAACAAUGAACUAAAUCAAUUGCAAAUAAAGAGUCAAUGGCGCCAUGAUAAAUAAAUGUAUAUUGUAAAUGAUUAGAAUCUGGAAAGUACUGCUAAAAGUAUGGUGGAGUCUGAUUCAAUCAUGGCUUUCCAAAUGUAAUCAGAUAAUUAUAAUUAAAAUAAAAUUGCAGGGAAAAGCAGGGGAGCAGAACUUUAGAGAGCUGACAUAUAAUUGACAGAUCAGUUCUGUCGCUGCUGUAACUCUUCAUUGAAUCUAUAAUUCUAUAAUGUACCAAUGUUACUGUGACCUAGGUCGCUGAGAAGGACAAAAGCAGCAAAGUUUCAGAAACAUUAUAGUUUCCAAGCUUUCCAACCCUCAACUCAUACACAAGCCAACUUAAACAUCUAUUGUCGUUAGACCGCACGUUAACACCGCUGAGAGAUCUAAGCAAGGAAAUGUCAAAGUUUUGAAUUUCCCCACAUGUUGUAGACUUUUAAUUGGUAUUUCCCACUUGAAAUCAGCUUGAUUAACAUGGUUAGAUCAGGCCAUAGGCUGAAAGAUCACUCAGUCUUUGACUCAAGAGGGAGAAUGACUUGAUCCCCAAUCCCAGGGAUCUUUGUUUGGAUGCUGCAAUGUAGUCAAGGUUUUUAGCUUCUUGAAGCUGUUUUCAGCUCCCUUCAACUAGGUAGUGUCCCAGUGCUUUGGACACAAGUUAAAUCAAAAUUUGCCAGCUUUUAAAAUGCAUAAACUUCUAACAGACAUCUUGGAGGGGUUGGCUACCCAUCCCUUGUCCUGCCCUCAUUAAAGCUAGAGGAAGCUGGGGUCCUGUUUCAGAACUUUAAAAUUUUAACAACUCAUGCGAAUCUAAUCACCGGUCUUUGUGUGUUAAAAUUCACCAUUUUGUUUUUUGGCCAUGCCUUGGAAUUCCCUAUCACCAUUAGCACACAGAUUGCAGCAGUUCAACAAAGUAGCAAUGCUCAAUAUAUUUUGAAGGCAUUUUGUGCAGAUUAAUGAGCAUCCUCCAAUACCCACAUUUCCCAAUAAAACAUUUCAUAAUCACUGAUAAACCUAUGGAAAUUCCUAGCACUCUCCAACACAGACAAUAAUCUAUACGUGCAUUGCUAGAACUCUGAAGCAUAUUGGAUUAUAACAAUAUGCUGACUGUAAAAUUAUUUUCUAAAAGUCUCACAUCGAUGCUGUGUAUUUCAAAUAGGAAAUCUGUUGAGAUAUCCCAUGGUGUUUUCAUCAAUGACGUAUUUUUGAAGAAUAUUACUUGUUGCAAGUAGGAAAUACAGCUGCCAGUUUUACCGCAGUAAACUCCCACAGACAACAACAAAUAAAUUAUCAGAUGAGAUUUUGGUUGACUUAUAAAUAUUGGCCAGGACACCAACAAAUCUUCUCCACUCUCCUUAAAAAAGUGACAUGAAAUCUUUUAUCACUAAUUGAAAGAGAAGGUUAAGUCCUUGGUUGACUGGAUCAUCUGAAGGAUGACAUUUCCAGCUGCGCUGAACACCCUCAGUACUGUCAACUCAUCAUUAUGUGCUCAAGUACAGUGCCAUUUGCAAUUUUUUUCUAACUCAGACCAUUAGGCUAUCAAUUGAGCCACAGCGGACACUGUGAAGGGGUGGUUAAUCCCCCUACUCUCCAGAUUUUCCAAUUCCUCCUUCUGUGCAAGAAAUUUCUUUAAUAGCCCACGAUUUUCCCAAGUUUGUUAAACUUUGUUGCACCUGUUUGAAAGACUGCCUCAUAGAGAGGGGUUACUACAUGCCCUCCGUAUUUGGGGCCUUCACACAGAACAAGUGGCAAGUUCUCAUUGUUUGCCUCACUGUCAUAUCUUAACGUGCCAAAGGUUGGCAAAAGAAAUAGUUACUCUCUUGUUAAAGAUCAAUUACAUCAUUAAAAUAUUAAUGUUGUACCAAUUUUAAUCAUAAAGGAAAACAAUCUGGAAUAACAUAAACUGAAACUGGUUGUGUUCUUUGUUACUUGUUGCUGAUCACUGAUGGCAUAGUCUGUUAUAUACUACAGUCUGCCUGACAAGCACAACACCAUGUGGCCAGCACUCAGGUAUACUGAUGAAGGGCUUAUGCCCAAAACGUCAAUCCUCCUGCUCCUCGGAUGCUGCCUGACCGGUUGUGCUUUUCCAGCACCCCACUCUUGACUCAGGUAUACUGGACUGUAACAGGCACAAAGUGCUGAGAAAUGAUUGUUCAAACUUCUCAUGCUGUUAUUUGUUCACUAUGUUAUGAUUUAUAAGUUUUGUUGAAGUUCUGUUUCAAAGAAGUUCUGCUUUAUGGUUUAGUGCAGUCAAGGGCACAAUACUAGUUUCAAAGAUUAUGACUUCCUGUUAGGGAGAAUGUAGAGGCAGCUUUACUCGUAUCUAACGUGUACUUUAUGUGUUCUGGAAAUGUUUCUCAGAAUAAUGUGGAGGGAACUUUAAUCAGUUUAUAACCCUGAUGUACCAGCUCUAGGAAAGGUUGAUGACAAUACAGAGGGAACUUUACUCUGUAUCUAAGUCAUGUUAUA